GAGCAUGUCAAAUUCUUUUAGAACUUGAUAAAAAAAAAAUGACAACUGCAAGAGAAACUGCAAUCGAAUUUCACACCAAAAGAAUUUCCCUUGCCAAUAUUAAACUGGAAAUUCUUAAUGAGAUCUAUAAAUUUCCUUUUACUACUCAGAAACUUAUUACAGAAGAAGUACAUGCUGUUGCAAAAAGACUAGAAAAAGGAAAGUACUUACCAAACCUUGCAAGUGCAAAAUGCUUGUGCAGAUUCUUCAAUUGGUAUAUGUUAUCAUGUCACCAUAUUUUUCAUAAACAACUUUGUGGUGCCAAUAUUUUAACGCCAAAAGCUUGGGUCAACUUUCAAAGAACUUUCGAAGAGAGUGGCAUGGAGGUAUAUUAA